GUUCCCUAUGUGAAAGUGGCCCCUGAGGACAUUCUGAAGGUUCAGUUCCCCCGCUUCACCACCCUGGACCUGCGCCCCACCAACACAGACAUCAGCCUGGCCGUGGCUGGCCUGCUCACCUUUUUCAACAGCACCACAGCCUGCCUCAUCUGUGCCCAGGCCGACUGUGAGUGGUUCACGCACCACUUCCUCUUUGUUGCCAUUUGUACCAUAUACAGUACCAGUCAAAAGUUUGGACACACCUACUCAUUGAACGGUUUUUCUUUAUUUUUACUAUUUUCUACAUUGUAGAAUAAUAGUUACGAUAUUAAAACUAUGAAAUAACACAAAUGGAAUAAUUUAGUAACCGAAAAAAGUGUUAAACAAAUCAUAAUAUAUUUUAUAUUAGAGAUUCUUCAAAUUAGCCACCCUUAGCCUUGAUGACAGCUUUGCACACUCUUGGCAUUCUCUCAACCAGCUUCACCUGGAAUGCUUUUCCAACAGUCUUGAAGAAGUUCCCACAUAUGCUGAGCACUUGUUGGCUGAUUUUCCUUCACUCUGCGGUCCAACUCAUCCCAAACCAUCUCCAUUGGGUUGAGGUCGGGUGAUUGUGGAGGCCAGGUCAUCUGUUGCAUCACUCCAUCACUCUCCUUCUUGGUCAAAUAGCCCUUACACAGCCUGGAGGUGUGUUGGGUCAUUGUCCUGUUGAAAAACAAAUGAUAGUCCCACUAAGCGUAAACUAGAUGGGACUCUGUUGGACUCAUCAGACCAAAGGACAGAUUUAUACCUGUCUAAUGUCCAUUGCCACUUUUUUCAUUACUACAUGAUUCCAUAUGUGUUAUUUCAUAGUUUUGAUGUCUUCAUUAUUAUUCUACAAUGUAGAAAAUAGUUUUAAAAAAUAAAGAAAAACCCUGGAAUGAGUAGGUGUCCAAACUUUUGACUGGUACUGUACACACAUUCCAUUCCAUGCACACACACACACGCACACACGCACAUGCACACGCACAUGCACACGCACAUGCACAUACACACACACACACUGUGGUUUUGGGAUACAGUGCAUUCUAACAGCUAACCCACUGACACAAACACACCCUUUUGAAGAUGCAGAAUCACCCUGCAGUUGAUACACCCACACAGAAGCCUAUGUAUAACCCAAAUGCAUUUACUCUUGCGUAAUUCUUCCUCCCCACAAUGCAUCAUCAUCUAGUAAAACGUUGGCAAAUGACUUUGCUUUUCACAUAGGCCAUUAAUGCAUCUUCCUCUUUUAUUCCAUUGACAUUCUUGUGUGAUGUCGCAUACACUUAUCAUCAAACACCUCCCUCCCUGAGAUGAUAAUGUCGUUUCUGACCUUAAAAAGAGAAAUUCAUGAAAAUACCCAGUAUGGAUCCAUGAUCAAACUGCCAGACUCAAAGACGUCAAAGACAAAGCAAAACAAAGUAUGAAAUAAUGGAAGAUUAAAUCCCAGUCUGUUUCCACCCUUCUCUGUACAGGAAUCAGUAAUUACAAGUACCCGUACAAAGUCACAUUGACCCCAUCUGCUACAGGCCAACUUUCCCCUUAAUCAGCUUAGGGCUUUGAAGUGUGGCAGGCUGGAUUUUAGCUCUCGAUUAAAACUGAGGUGCUCUCAGCUGGCACAACCCCCCCCAACCCACCCUCUCCCCACCAUCACCCCCACCCCUCACACAACUCUCCCAACCAACUUCAGAAAAUAAUGGUUGACAUUUAUACCCGGACAAGCCAGUUCGACUGAGGUGUUACCCGAGAAACAGAGAUAACAAGGAAGAAAAGUGGGAGGGGAAAAAAAGCCCACCAACAGCAAAAAGACCAUAGUGACUCAGAACUGCCUGGACUGAUUCUUGACAAUGACUGCCAGCGUCAAAACUAGCUAAUUAGUUGUUAUUUUCCACUUGGGUGUUUAUGCGUGUUGCUAUCGUUUAGCGGAGAGCUCAUCAAACAAUUUUGGUAAUUAGCCCACAGACACAUGACAGUUCCGUGCCUCGCAAGAGUUAUGAAAUGCUGUGAAAUAUCGACAUAUCCAUAAAAGGGCCGCAAUCUCACCAUCAACAAGCUGUGUGAGAGAAAAACCUCAAACUUUAUAAUGGCAGUUUCCUUUUUAUAUGGCUCUGUACGAGCUCCUGUCUGUGUCAAUGUGGGCUAAAGGGAAUCGAUAAGGCUGCUGAGGGGGAGCAUGGCCCUUCCCUUCCUUGACAGCGAGGAGGAUGCCAGUCACUGAGGGAGGGGAAUCUAACCUUACUACUGGAAUUGCACAUGGGAGCGGAGGGAGAGGUUGUCUGGAAAUGACACGGGCUGUAGUGAUUGCCCUGCCAUGUGACCCCUUCCGCAGCACUACGGUAAAAUACCAGUGACGGCUUGGGCUGUUGCAGCAGUAGCAGUAUCCGCGGUAGCGUUAGCUGGCUGGCAGGCAGAGGCUCCACGACGGUCGGCACUGGCCUCAUUAAUCACAGCGGCCGGUGACAGUCUAACAGACCGUGGCCGAGUCAUAAAUAUUUCCCAGCCUGCCCCUGGCUUCCUGGCUUAGAGAGUGAGAGAGAAAGAGAGAGAGGGGCAGGAGUGGAAGGAGUGUGGAGUUAGCGCAAAGAAGGACACCCAUUCAUCUGGCUAACCUGCCUACCGCUAUCGAUGGCCGUGUGGUUGUGUGUGCAAUCACCGCACUCAUGGAGUAGUACAGUAGGACAUAGAGAACCUAGCCACAGGGGUGGAGGAGGACUGUGUGGGAGAGUGGAGCGCUUUGUUAACAGGGAGAUUAGUGCAUGGGAGGUCAGCUGGCGGGCAGCAGGGGGGUGGGAGGGGACAGAUCACCCACACUCUACUUCUGGGGGACUGGCUCAGACAAGACCAGCGGGGACGGGGGGUGGGGGGCAUCCUGGUCAACCCAACAUCUUAUGUUAUGAAUCCGCUAUCACCUAACGUAGCAUUUUAUCGUCUGAAUUGAAUGAGCUGGAAGUAAGGCAAAUAGUACCCUUCGAAUGUAAAACCCCUUAAAUGACUUCUCUGAUGACAUGCACCUUAGCAACCAACUCCCUAAGUUUUUUAUUGAGAGAAGUUAGACUCAUCCAAAUGUUUUAAAGGCACACACACACACGCCAAAAUUCUGGGCUUUCUCCACCUGUCAAGGUAGACGUUUAUGUCUCCUUGGAGCGGAACAAUUAUAGGAUAUGCUUGCUCAACGAUUAGACUCUCUGCUCUGAAAAUGUCAUGAGUAAUCUGUAAUUAAAGUUGAUCAAGUAAAAUAAUGUCUCUCUGUCUCCGGAGAGAGCUGGAUGAAUAAACUCUGUGGGUAGACGGACCGGUUAACUGGGGUGAUGAAGUGAUUUAGCCAGUACCGGCGAUGACUUGUUGUUGUUUGUUGUCUGGGGAUCAAACUGAGAAAUCCUCCCGACGUGAUGACAUUUAGAGAAAGUUUCAAUACGGAUUAUGAUAUAUUUACAGCUCCAGUAACAGCAGACAUCAGCCCACCGUAAUUCUCCCCAUCAGAAUGAAUAGUUGCUGUGCCGUCAGUUCUGGUGCACUGCCUCCCUACUGAAAGACAGCAGUGAGGGAGGAAACUGUGGAGGAAAUAUGGCUCCACCAAAGGCUCUAACAAGAGGGAUGAGAGGGAGCUUCCUCCAUUGGCUCUCCCUGGAUUUCCUUCUACGUUUCCCCUUCCUUUCCCCUGACCGAAGACAUUAAGUUUGAUGCGAUACGCGGCGUAAUGGGAUUUUGAUGUGUGGUGCUGGGGGGGAGGGUGGGUGGGGGGGUGGGGGGGGUUGGUUCUCGCCUUGGUGCCUAAUGAGAACAAAGCAGAGGAGAGCCAUGGUCAGCUGUCUGCUCAUCUACCAGGAUGAAAUAUGGAAGAAAGUUCCCUUUCAACAGGGAAAGAUGAGAAAGGAUCACUCAGACCCACAACGUCCCAAAUGCCCUGCCCUUGCCCAGUAACGAGUUCUAGUGACACGCUGAACUGUUUAUAUAAGAGAGAGUGAUAGACUAUCGACUUUUUGAUCUGUGUGGUUAUAUUCAGGUUAGGGUAAGUUAAUGUACUGACACUCUACGAAUGCCUAGACAUUAGGAACUGUCCUAUCCCAAGCACUCCAGUUAAUGAAUGCUGCUGGUCUGGAGGGAAAACUACAUUGAAGUAAUUUAACUCUCUUCCAUCUGCCCGUCAAUCGAUUCAAUCACCCGAUUUAUCAUGGUCAUUCAGGUUCGGGCCUGUUUAAAAAGUAUAUCCAUCUUUUACUUUGAAAUGCCAUGAAAUUCUGUAGACUGCACCCAUUUGGUUGUACAGUACAGAGUCCAGCAGCCCAGUCCAACAGACUAGUGUGCAGCCAAGUUGGGUGCUGUGUUGACACUGGCAUGGACCUGUCAUUGGUCCUGGCUGAGCAGUGUAUUUGCAUAGAGGCACUGUGUGCAGGAAGGUAAAUGAGAGUGGGGGCUUUGUGAGAGCCCAGUGAAAUGUGACGGUCUGUGAAAGGGGGAAAUGACUGGCUGCCCAGACUGAGUGGCAGGCCCUACCUUUAUCUGUCUGCCUGAAAGGCAGCAUCAGGCAGUGCUACAGUAUGUGUGGCCCAUGCCAAUGAGGCACCUACAACAUUGCAGCAUCACACACCAACUACUGCAGGCAGCAGCAGCACAGCCUCCACAAAGAAAACAGGCUUCACACAUCUCUAUCAUUCAACGGUCUCCCUUUUUCCACGACUAACCGAGAAAACAGUGCCUCCCUGUUUUAGCAUUAUGCUGUUAUUUUUCAUUAGCAUGGGUUCAAAAGCCUGAAACGUGGAAGCGACAUAGCUGCCAGAAUAGAUGCAACAAAUGUCAGGGCUCAAAAGAGAUUGUGAAAUGAAGACGUCACGUAGAUACUCCAUUUUUAUUUCUGUUGCUUUGAAUCAUGCACAGCCUAGACACCAAAUGGAUCUCUCCUGAGAUUUCUUCCCCACUGGUUGAAUGCCAGGGAAUGACAGGAGAACCAACUCCUGCUGUGAACACUGAGCAGCGCAGUGUGCUGUCUAAUGUAAUGGACUAAAUGUGAAAUUGCAAGCAGGCAAUGGAGACUGAGCAGGUUUUUAAGCAUCAUCACUGAUAUGCUGAGUAACUCAACAGGUAACGGAGCUGACAGUCUCGGAGCGGACAGGCAUCAUUGCUGAUGACGUGUGUUUCUAGGAGAGACAAACCGUUAAAGGCAUUAGGAUUCGAUGAGUUAGAACACGUAGUGCCUUAGGAACAGCUGUUGCUGCUACUGCAUGUAACCAAAGAAAUAAAACAAUUAUUCUAUGUAAAUGGAUUCUACUAUGAUCAAUGCUGGUCUAAGUUGUAUUGUAAUCUACUGAAUGUCCUGACACCUAUGAAUGUAUAGUUUCAGUAAAGUGCCACUGGAAACCUAAAAGGGAUAAAAGAAACAAAGGAAUUCUAUCAAAAUUAAGGCUUAGUCUCUGUUGUAUUGUAAUUGUAUUACAAGUUCAGUAAAGUGCCACUGGAAACAUAUUCAUUACGUCACUUAUAAUUAACCCAUAUCCAAUGUCUUUGAAGCGGUUCUGGGAAGUAAAUGCUGGAGGUGGUGUUUAAAUAUUAUUAUUUUUUACUUUACAAUUAGCUGUAAUUACAGGUCAUCAGUUAAAUUAUUUUAGGUGGGAAGGAUUUUAAUGACGGUGUUAUUGACAAACAACGCAUAAAAAUUGACUUUUUGUUUAUCGAUCGAAAAAAGAACAUUUUCACGUCUCAUCGGGGACGGGUCCAAAAUAGCGAUUCACUGUUAUUUUUAUGAAUAUGGUGUUUCUCACACAAAAUGACGUCUUUGUAUUUUUUUAUUGUCAGUGGUUGUUCUCAGAAAUGUGACUUUAAUACCCAGAAAUUCAUCACAGAUUACCUUUAGGAGAUUAAUUGUGUACCAGCUCAUAAUAAUAUCACCGUCUUCAUCCCUGUCCCAACAGGCUUAUUAAAUCUGGAGAGACUGCUACGCCAGUUCCUCAUCUCCAAGGAGACCCUAUCGGUUCGCAUGCUGGAUGACAGCCAGGAUCCCACACCCCUUCUCAAGGAGAUUCGCGAUGACAAGACUGCCACCAUCAUUGUGGACGCUAACGCAACAAUGUCCCACAUAAUUUUGGAAAGGGUGAGUCUGUCUGUCAUACGAUUUACAGUGAGCUCUUUCCCAAUGUUCUUAGACAUCUCAGCAGUAGCUGAUGAUGAUACAACUUUUAAUAGAUCUAUAUGUCGAUGCCAAGAUAAAGUUCAGGAUCAAGGUUGA